AUGGGAGGCGGUGUAGCGAUAUACUGCCGAGACAACCUGCCGUUCACUGUUGUAAACACCCAAGAUACUAUUAAUGAAUGUUUGUGGAUUAAGCUCAACCGGAUAAAUUGCAAACCAUUUAUUGUGGGCUGUGCUUAUAGGCCCCCCUGCCAACCCGUUGAUGAGUUUUUGGACGGUUUCAAUAACUCUUUAUCAGAAUUUGAUUCUUCGUUUGAUAAAGUUAUUCUUG